AUGGCGACCCAUCACUAUCAGUCUCCUUCUCUUCCCAUCAAUGUUCCCUCUAAGGCUCCUGCUCCUGCCAACCUCUAUCCCAUUACCAGAGUUUCUGGAUCUCCUCCAGAUAUCUCUGACACUAGCACUACUGCAGGAAGCCGCACCUCUGCAGGUUUCAGCUACAGCUCUGGCAGCAUUGGCGGCGAUUAUGAAACGAGCUCUGCCUCGUAUUCUGGUGUGGAUGUUGUCGACGUUCUCAACGACCGCAUGCAGGACGUCUUCGAUCCCACACCUUUGGACAGGGGAUUGGCAAUGCAGGCACAAACUUCCGGUCAGCUGAACGCCAAACAGCGCGAGCUUUUGGAAUUGCAAGCCCUGGCCCAACGUCGUCUAAAAGGAGUGCGGGCCACUUUUAACGACGGUAUCAAAGUUGCUCGCGAGACCAAGCGUGACUUGGAAUGGACUCAGAAGCGUGUGAAUGCUCUCAAGGCGAAGGCCGAGAAUAACUUUCCCGACGAGUAUAGACGGGCGACCAAGAAGUACACUUUCGACGACAAUUAA